CCCGUGAUUCCAGGCCCGGCAGGCAGCUCCCCGGGACGCGCUAUGGGAGCCGGGCGCUUCUUCCUGCUGCUGCUGCUGGGGGUUGAAUCCUCAGCAAUAUCUGAGAGUAGAGCAGAGCCAAGCAGGCACAGCUGUGGUGAUGGAGAAUAUCUGCAUCAAGGCUACUGCUGUAAAUACUGUCCUGCUGGCACUUACGUUAGUAAACACUGCACGGUUCCACAUACUGAAGGAAUUUGUUACCCUUGCACAGAUGGAGAGGAUUAUACUGCUUAUGCAAAUGGCCUGGACGAAUGCAUACGAUGUAAACUGUGCAAAGAAGAUCAAGUAACUGUGAGCACCUGCACUUCAACGAGCAAUACUGAAUGUCAGUGCAAGCCAGGCUAUUUCUGUCCUACUCUAGGCUGUGAGAUGUGUUACAGAUGCAAGUCAAAGUGCCCAGAAGGGAAAGAAAUUGUACAAAAAUGCAAUGCUACAGUUGACCUGGAGUGUGGCCAUCCUCCUAUAGGGACUGCAACUACUGGAGGUUGGAUUGCUGGGGUCAUCGUGCUCAUUGCUUUUGUGGCUGGGUGCCUUCUUUUAUUUAAGAAAAGGAUAUCAUAUAAUAAAACAAAUAAAGAAAAUAAAGAUGCAGAAAAAGAUGUGGAGUCUGAGGAUAGCACUGAAAUUUUCUUUGCACCUGAAAUGGCGAAUGCUAACACUAGUGCACCCAUUUUAGAGAUACAAAACUCUGUUCAGAGUCCACCAGUUUUAGCAGUUAAUAGUCCUAAUUCUGCACUAAGAAAUGAAUUGUCUGAGGAUACCAGUGUUGUAUUUUCUGAGAGAAGUGGCCUACUACUAAAUGGUGAAAACAACUCAGGGGAAGAGUCUUACCACAGGACUGCAGGAUAUUCAGCACCAGUAAAGCCUCCAGACAAGCCUAAUUUUGUCUUUUGCCCUGGACAGUCAAAUGGUGGGAUGUUCGUAUCUCAGAUGGUCAGGGAUUCUGAAGCCAGGCCUCAUAUAAUAGUUAAAGAGCUUUCUCAAGAAGCAUUAAUUGAAAGUUUUUAUUAUUUUAUAAAAGAAGUCCCACCACAUAACUGGAACACGUUUAUGAGAACUCAUCUAACAGAUAAUGAAAUUGCUAAAACAACGUUUGAACAUCCAAAAAAUAUUGAAGAGCAAUAUUAUCAGAUGCUAAUCAUUUGGAGAAACAAAUUUGGAAAUGAGACUUCUGUUGUUAAAUUAUUAGAUAGCCUAUGGAAUAUAGGACUGAGACAGUCUCAUGAAAACAUAGUAAACCAUUUAAUAAGUAAGGAUAUUAUAACUAUACUAGAGGCCAAAAACUAAUGAGUAUACUAUUAUCAACAAAAAAAA